UCUGCUGAACGCAGCCUAUGUGUGCGGUCUACUUGGCGCUACAAAUGCUUCGAAUCGUUUGGAACGUUGUUUUAACCGGUCCACAUGGCGCUUCAAAUGUGUCCCAAUAGCACUGUUGGCAUGAUUUUCAAUCACGCAGCAAGAAGAAACAUUCAACCAUAAAACAGUCUAUGGCAAAAACGGGUGGUGGUACAAUGAAUCCUGAAUUAUUAACAACACAGGAAGAAGAAGUUUUGGAUUUAAUGUGUCCAACUAGCAUUGGUGGACAUCCCGAAAUAGAAGAACCUACUGUAAAUUUAUUACAGGAUUCAGAUGAAGAAACAAUGGAAGUUGAAUUUUUAGAUGAAGAUGAAGAAAAUGUUCUAUUACAGGUUUCUGAUAGAGAUAGUAAUGAAUACAACAUUGUAGCACCUCAAAAAAGAAAAAGUAAUGUAGCCAAGGAAUACAAUGAUUUAUAAAAAGUAGUAAAUGAAAAAGAAAAUAUUGAUAGAACAUCAAAGAAGUAUAACAUUGUAAAAGAUAAUCAACAACGUACCGCCAAAUUUGAUAAAUCCAUUGAAGGUAAAAUUUU